UAUAUCGUCCUUGUUCCAUGUCUGGAAUAAUUGCGGCCAUGCCAGGUCGGAUGCCUCCCAUGGCAACCAUCGUCUUCCUCCUCUCAGCACUCCUCCUUCCACUGCAAACAUCCUACUUUGUGGUCGCCCAACCCAACAAUAAAGCAUCAAAAAAGCUCUACAUUGCGUACUUAGGGGAAAAGCAGCAUGAAGAUCCUCAAAAAACAACAGCUGCACACCAAGAUAUGCUCACCAGAAUCCUUGGAAGCAAAGAGGCAGCACUUGAGUCGAUUAUUUACAGCUAUAAGCAUGCCUUCUCUGGGUUCGCCGCCAUGCUCACUGAAUCACAGGCACAAACAAUUGCAGAGCUACCUGAGGUACGCAGCAUAAAACCAAGCAGAGUGCACCCAUUACAUACAACUCAUAGCCAGGAUUUCCUUGGAUUAGACUACACCAAGCCAACUGGUCUACUCCAUGAUGCAAAGUACGGAGACGGCAUCAUCAUUGGAAUAAUCGACACAGGUAUCUGGCCUGAGUCUGCAAGCUUUAGUGACCAUGGCCUAAGCCCUAUUCCUUCCAAAUGGAAAGGCCAAUGUCAAGCUGGCGAAGCCUUCAGGUCAAACCAGUGCAACCGGAAGAUUAUUGGGGCUCGAUGGUAUGACAAACAUUUGAGCGCAGAGGAUCUGAAAGGAGAAUAUAGGUCGGCCAGGGACGCGCAUGGCCAUGGGACACAUGUGGCAUCCACUGCAGCUGGUGCCCUGGUACCAAACAUUAGCUUCCAUGGGCUAGCUGCUGGUUAUGCCAGGGGCGUCGCACCCCACGCACGGCUUGCAGUCUACAAGGCGUGCUGGGGACUGGGGGCAAGCUGUCAUGAUGCGGGCAUCAUCAAAGCGUUUGACGAUGCCAUACAUGAUGGCGUCGAUGUGCUAUCCCUUUCUAUUGGUAAGAGCGGUGAUGAGUUCUUUAGCAGCUUCCACGCUGUGAAGAAUGGCAUUACUGUCAUUUUCGCGGCAGGGAACGAGGGCCCUGCUCCUCGGACUGUUACAAAUGCAUUACCCUGGGUUAUAACGGUUGCAUCAGCCACGAUAGACCGUGUUUUCCCUACUGUUAUCACACUUGCCAAUGGCAGCAGCAGCAUUGUGGGUCAGUCCUUGUUCUAUCAGCCAAAGGAUAACAACAACUGGUAUGAGAUUCAUCACUCCAGCUGUCUAAUUAAGGAUGGGGAGAAAAUUAAUGCAUCCCUUGCUUCUGGGAAGAUCGUGUUUUGCUACAGUCCUCUUUCUGUGAGCAUAACUUCACCAUUUGGCUAUGUGUCCCACGCUGUGAAAGCUGCCAAGGAGGCUGGAGCGAAGGGGAUCAUUAUUGCCACAUAUGGUCUUGAUAUUCUUGACUACUUUGAAAAGUGUGGUGCCAUGCCGUGCAUUUUCGUGGACUUCGAUGCUGUAGGACAAAUAAAUUCAUCUGGUGAUGAAAACACUACACCUUUAGUUAAGAUUGCUCCAGCGCGUACUUGGGUUGGAGGUGAAGUUCUUGCCCCAAAAAUCUCAACAUUCUCCUCCAGAGGACCCAGCCCACUUUUACCACAAUUCCUCAAGCCUGAUGUUGCGGCGCCUGGAUCUAAUAUCUUGGCCGCUGUGAAAGAUUCGUACAAGUUCCAGUCAGGCACUUCAAUGGCAUGCCCACAUGUGUCAGGUGUAGCCGCAUUACUCAAAGCAUUGCAUCCAGAUUGGUCUCCUGCUAUUAUUAAAUCAGCACUAGUGACUACAGCAAGCAAUGACAGAUAUGGUCUUCCAAUAUUGGCUAAUGGGCUACCGCAAAAGAUAGCUGAUCCGUUUGACUAUGGUGGCGGCUUUAUUGAUCCAAAUAAAGCUACUGAUCCUGGACUAGCAUAUGAUGUUGACCCAAAAGACUAUGACUUAGUCGUUAAUUGUGAAUCUGCCAACUCAAGCUGUGAAUCUAUAUUUCAAAAUCUGAACCUUCCAUCAAUUGCGAUCCCGAAUCUGACAAUGCCAACAACGGUGCUGAGAACAGUGACAAAUGUAGGCCAAGAUGAUGCCAUUUAUAAGGCUGUUGUCCAAUGCCCUCCUGGUGUGCGGAUAUCGGUGGAGCCAUCUGUUUUACAAUUCAAGCAAGGAAAGAAGAAGCAGAGCUUCAAGGUCACCUUUAGCAUGACACACAAGGUUCAGGGAAGCUACCUGUUUGGAAGCCUAGCAUGGUGUGAUGGUGCCGCUCACUAUGUCAGGAUCCCAAUUGCCGUUCGACCAGUUAUAUCUGAGAAUUAUGCAGAUCUCUGAUGAAGCAUAGGACUACAAGAUUUUCAGAGAUUCGAUCAGCUGAGAAUGGCUUAUCCUAUUUUAGACCCCUCCUCAUAGUUGAAUUUGUCGGCCUUGCUGAAACUGCUCCAGUGUUGAAAUGCAUGUUUAAUUUUGUAUGUAACUCUGUGAUAUCUCUAUGGAUAUUGGUGUGAACUAGUAAUGAAUAAGUGAGGGGUUGUUUAGAUGGAAGGUUAUAUCUGUUGCAAUCU